UGAUUUCUGCUUCUUCAAUGUGAAUAUGAGCUCUAUGACACUAAACUAAAUAGCUUUGGUGUUUAGACAAAACAAAACAUCAUCUUGGGGUUUUGGGAAUAACGAUUGACUUUUUUCAACAAUUUAUGACAUUUUAGGAACCAAACGAAUCGAUUAAUCGAGGAAAUAAUCGAUAGUUGCAGCCAUAGACAUGUACAUAAAAAAUAGAAAGAACUGUGUGUUAGAUAUAUCCCGUUGAACGCACAGUGACCUUGUGGUUCAUGGGUCAUUGGACAGAUGCACACGAAGUCAAACGAACUCGUCAAAUUUGAUUUUGUCUGUGCUAAAGUCUGUGACCCACAGACAUCAGCAUAACUCUGGCCCAUCAGAGAAGAUUUAAAUUCGCUAAUGCGACCUUGAAUGUAUGUGCUCAUUACAAAUGCAGAUGAGUAUGCUGAACGCUCCAAUGUGAAAUUUGGAGGAUAGAAUUUGACCGGGUGAGCCCAGGGUCAUGUAGUGCAUAAGGUGAGCCAUCGCUGUGUGUGUGGGAUUCUGUUACACAAGCGGUCAGCCAGUCAUUUGCAAUACGACACUUGUGACUGAUACCAGGAUCACAUCGCUAGUGAAGCAGACACCUUCAUUGUUAUUUUGAACAGAUGUUAUUUGCAAGGACACCUGAGGCCCGAAGCAGGAUUUGCGGUUAUCGAGGCAACUUCAGAUUUAACUCUGAGAUUUUCCGUCCUACGAAGCUGGUUCUCUUCUUACCGGGCUAAAUCACCAUGGUAACUUGUGCUGAACGUCUAACGUGAAGUUCAAGAGAUCAAAGCCAGUCACCAGUCCAACUACUGACCAAUCAGAUCACAGGAAAACCACAGUCAUCAUUCUACAGGGUCCUUAAUGGGAAGUUUAGAUUAACGUGACGAAUAAUAAAGCGCAGCACAGUGAACCGACCACUUUCAGAAGGGCUCUGGUUCCGGGUUCCAUUUGAUGUUCAUGAAACCCUUCUAAGAAGGGUUUUAAGCCUGAAACCAAGCCAAUAUACUACCAGGGGUGACCCCAGUCUGGUCAAACUAAAUGUGGCCAUAACCUGUGGUUACCUCCUUUAUGACCUUGUGCUCCUAGCCUGUAACUGGAGCACUAUGGGGGACGGCUUUUUUGUCUGCCACCACUUGGCGGCGCUCUACGCAUACGGAUAUGUGCUGACUCGUGGCGUGCUGCCAUACUUUGCCAACUUUCGUCUCAUCUCAGAGUUGUCCACACCGUUCGUGAACCAAAGGUGGUUCUUUGAGGCGCUGAAGUUCCCCCGCUCACAUCGGAUGGUGGUGUUAAACGGCGUUGCCAUGGCCGUGGUGUUCUUCCUGGUGCGCAUCGCCGUAAUGCCGUCCUACUGGUUCAGCGUGUUCAUCACCUUCGGUACCCCGGAGUUCGAGCGCCUGGGUCUGGGCGCCCAGGUGGCCUGGAUCUCCUCCUGCAUCGCCCUGGACAUCUUGAACACUAUCUGGAUGUACAAGAUUGCCCGUGGCUGCUACAAAGUGCUGAAGGGAACUGGAGGACGGAAGGCUAAGGAAGGGGAACAGGCGCCGUCUUCCCCUGACAAGAAGCAUGUCAACAACCACACAGACUAAAGACCUGCAGAGCGAAGGAUGUGUAGACACGGACAUGAGCACGCAGGGAGGCUGGACACCCAGGAACCUUGCAGCCUCUCUGUUUUGCUAUUGCCUCGACGUCCUUCCCACCCCCCACUCAAAUAUCCAAUGUUAGCCCCCUGAUCUCUUUGAAGUCGGAUACUGGACCGGGCUAAGACUCCUCAGGUUCUGACCCCGUCACAGGACGAGGAGACCUGCUCUUCGACUCACUCAAGCACCAGCCUUGGUAGCCUCAGUGUUUUCUCGCUGACAGAUUAGUAUCCUGCUGGGUGAUUUUUUUGGUCGCAGACAACAACGUAGAGCUCACAAGCACAUUUUUAACUUGUUCAUCACUCGCCUGUUUAGACACACCACCCAUCCCCACCGACCCCCUCUCAUCUCCCCACUCGGUCUCCUGUCACACUCGACUUCAGCCAAAGCCCAAACCUCUGAAGUGCCUGUGAACGACAGGAAAGCAAUAACGUCGUAGGAAUGAGCCGGCAAAUCUCGACCACAGUUAGCCCCUUUUAAGACGACGACCACCUCUCACUCGCCCGCCGCCGCUCCCGAACAACCAGAGGGCCUCUGCCGUCUUUCGCAUUGCAUCCAACACUCGAGCAGACGUGUCCGUCAGAGCAGAGAUCCCUCCCAUCAGACCCAUACAGUGUUUGUGAAUCUACAGUAUAGGGCUCUCGUCUUGAACUCAUCAGACCUCACAAAAAAAGAGAGAUGGAAAAAAACACCAUAAUGCCUCUACUACAGUAUCACCUGCUGUGGCCUCCCCGUACAAAGUGGCGCCUGUCUGUAUCACCUGCCAUGCCCCCCCCCCCCCCCCCCCCCCCCCCCCCCCACCGCACUCUCAACAUCCCUCGCUUCUCACAGGACGAAUUAUGCCUUUUCAGUAUUCAUCAUGUCGGCAUCACAUCGCUGUACUUCGCUCUCCUCUGUCUCUUCAGCAGCUUCCACGAUCACCAUCCAUCGCAACCCUCUGCCUCACUGGAUAGAGCUCCUCUAUCCAGCUCGCUCGAACAUUUGAUUUUGUUCUACCUCCCCCCCCCCGCCCCCCGCCUUACAGAGACUAUGUCAACCCCCCCUUCCUCAUGAUUUUUUUUUCUUUUCUUUGUACUCUACUGUGCGUAGUCUUUCAAAAUGUUAUCGUUUGUGAUAUCACUGGCGCAGAGGGGGCUUCUCCCCCGACUGUGUCCUCAAAGCUCAUCCCAGGCCGGAUCAGGGGACAACGGCCGUGACGUCGCUCGUCUCAACGAAGCGUCCGGUCGGUGUCGUCUCUGCAGAGAAACACCCCCAAGAGGCUUUUGUUCCUGCGUUUAUCUCCUCUGUUCUCAGUGACUCUGAGAACCUGACAGAGGAAAGGGGGGAGGUCUCACACACACACACACACACACACACACACACACACACACAACAUAGCAUGCAAACCACACACUGUAUUCUGUGCCCUUCUUUAAACACCCGCGUGGUGCUCUUCCUUUUUUGCUGAAUGUUAGCAAUAUGACAUCCCCCCCACCCCAUCAAACAAAUUCUUUCUAGUACCGCCCAAAAUCAUUUGGUUGUACCGAUCUCUGACAACAAUAUGCUGUUGAUAGCAAUGUGGCAAUCUGCAUGUUUGGUUUUUUUUCUGUAUAAACUUUAAAUCAUCACUAUAAAGCAUGGUAAGAUUGACAUAUUUCUGUGAUGGCUUAGUGAACGGUUACGAUAGAUGAGUGACAUCUACAUAUUAACUGCAUUGAUCCGAUGCUGACAAAGGGGAUUGUCUUCCAAAAAACGGGCGAUGUUUCCCGCCGCUCGGAGCAAACCGAAUGCAUGUAUUCUCCUUUCUCCUCUCCCUGCAUGUCUGUACAGUAUAUACAGUAACUCUGCAGGUACCCGUUUGCACACUGUUUGGCUCAAUCUCUAAAUACUUCUCUGUACAACAGUUGGUAUUAAUUGUUGGACAAAUUCAUUCAUUCUUCUCGUCCCCGCAGUUUGCAGACACUCGCGUUUUUGUGACAUCGCGACAGACAGAAACACAAGAGGAGGUUUCACAUUUGGCUUUUUCCACUCAAAGAUAAAAAAAUUGAUCUCUGCUCAACAUUUUUAGUUGCGCCACUGAUUUAGCAUAGCACUUUGUAAGACUCCUCAUAUCCAUUUCCCUUUUUUUUGUUUUAGUUUUUUUUUUUAAAGGAGAUUAACAUUGAUGCAGUAGAUCCAGAGAUUAUAGUUCAGGUUUCUAUCCAGUUCUAGCACAAAUUUGAACAAUAUUCCCCAAAAAAUCUGCAAGAAAAUGGAACAUGCAUCUCCAUCCACCGUAGUAAUACAACAACAACUGGUGGUGCUGAUUCUACAGUCAGGUGCAAUUAGACGGAAGACGACGGAACAAGAAACGACGUGUCCGUUGUUUGUUUUUGUUUUUUUAUUCACAUAUUAAUUUUGGGAUACAGUCUCCGUGCAGAUGUGAUGUUUUCAUCUGGGGCUAAACUUAGUGUCUUCAGUGAGGUGCAGGUAGAGCAAAUCUGACUCUCUUCCACUUGUCGCGUUUUGCUUAGAUCAUCAUUACACUGUCUGAGCCAAGCACGGAAAAACCAUAUUGUGGUAUUUCAAAAACGCCUAUUACAACAAAAAAAAACGCUGGCCGUUACUCUUCCUUGUCGAAACCUUGCUGCCAACAACAUCCAGGGAUAGUUCAGGGAGAUUCAGGUGUGUGUGUUAUCCUAGCAGGGGCUAAUGUAGCUUCACGCAAUUGGCCUCAAGCAGAGAGUUUUUUAAGUUUCUAACUCCCCCAGAUGUUUUUUUUCUUUUUUUCUUCAUUUUCAAACCUAGUUUUCAGCCGACACAAGUGACAUCACCUGAGGCAACUUAUCAAAACUUUGCACAGCUCCACUUGGAGCCCCCCCCCCCCAAAAUAGAAUUCAACCCCCGACACCAGCAAACAACCUUUUGAAUGCGUAAAAUCGGUGGAGUUGCCCAUUUGAGUCCUUGUUUAUCUGUAGUUGUGUAGAUGGUUCGCGUGAGGCCAUCCGCCGGUGUUUUUCCACCGUGGAGCCACCAAGCACACUCCCCGUGGAGCAAUAACACUCAGUGAUCUCCUGUAUUUCUGUCUGUCGCCGCAGGGGUGGGGCCGCAGUGACUUGUGCCUUUUACACAAACGGUGGAUGUGAUUCAGUCCGAUUUCGGGAUUAGCAUGAUCUCUCUUUAAUGUAAUAUCCAAUGAUCAUUUCUGCCGUAUUCCACAUGUAUACUCGGCGUGUGUAUUUUUUUUUAUAAUAUGCCUGCACAAUGAUUAAUCCGGCCAAGUAUUAUAAUCCAAAACUGAUCCCAAAUUUUGGGAGCGUGUUUUGUGUUUUGUGUUGAUUUUUAAUUUUUUUUUCUUCCCGAAUACAGGGAUCCGAGUCUGUGAAUGUUGUGAAGGGUCAUUCAGUGGCAUUAAGAUGAGCUUGCGGUGUCCAGUGUGAUGAAAAAUGGAAAAUCAAACUAUAUAUAUUUAAUUUUUUUUUUUGACAUGAGCUCUUGUAAGACGUACAAAGUAGAUCAUGGGAAGGCGCCACGUCUAAUUUGUUCAGCCUUCGAAACUCAAAACUGUGAAUAGAUGUAGAGUAAAAGCUGUAAUAUUGUUUCAGUAGGGGGCCGGGGGGGGGGGGUGAUUUCACUGAGACCGGCUGAGCGGCAACGCCGACACACGUCCUGUUGAGGCAAUCGUGCGCUCUCUUUUUUUGGAAUGUCUUCUACUUCAGACAAAACUGUCGAACGGAGUUUUUGUACUCUGGAUUUUCUACAGAAUAUAUCUCAAGAACCUGGCAUUUGUGCCGCGUCUCGCACCCUGGGGCCGUUUUUUUCCUUUCUUUUUUUUGCGAAAUCGACGGAAUGAAUUAAUGGUUAAUGAAUUUGACGAGGCUGCUAUUGUCAAGGCCACGGUCUGUAUUCUUUACUAAGUAUUUUAUCAGGUUAGAACAACCCAAAUGCCUUUUUUGUUUCUUUUGGGAGGCCAACAUUCAUUAUAUUAUAUAAUGAAUAUAUUUAAAAAUAUAUAUCAAAAAGGUAUAGAUGGAUCAGCUCGACAUCCUGCUCUUACAUCACGAGUCUGUUAGGUACAGUAUAACCAAGCUGCAGUAGUAGUGGUACUUUAACCGUGUAUUGAGCUGGUCAUCUCACGCGGUACCUAACACAAAUUCAUCUUUUGUUCUUCUCAAAAUCCUUGAUUUCAAAUUGGAUCCUGCAGGUUUGUACUAUGAAAUGAGAUGGAUCGCAUCUCAGAGCGACAACGGUGACAACUGUUGAGUUGUGGCUCAGAAUGACUGGAAAACUUUCAAAAUCAAUUGACUUGCCAGGUUUUUUGGUUUAUUUUUUUUAUUUUUUUGGACUGUGUGGCUUAUGUUCCUUGCCCUUUUGUGUCUCUUUUUUAAUUUUUUUGUCUCUUAAUGCAAUGCAAUUUCUUGUUAUGAUCUGUUUUGUUGUUCUGUUUUUGUUUUUUCCUGGAGAUUUUAAUGUGAAACAGCCUACUACACCUACACACUGGCCUUAGGGUCCUUGUCUGAGCGUUACCUUGUGACUCAGAUUGUUGUUGUCUACAAUCACCACUACUAAUGAUCAUGUAAUUGUAGUGCUGAAAGCUGAGACUUACUUGAAAGUGUCGCGCUUCAAUAAAGUUGAAGACGAAGUGGGGGGAAAAAACAUAA